AUGGCAACACCACCCCUAACAAUCCGCAAUCUCACAUCCACGCCCCUCGAACUAGUCCUCCUCGAACGCUUUGCACCCGUCAGCGAAUCCAUCACGACCUUCAAAAAACUCACGCGAACUCUCAGCGGCCUCACCAACUUCUCCACACCCGCAACCCCAACAUCCGUUCAACUCGCCCAGAAAUCCACAAGCUUCACAAACACCACACUCUCGCUCCCCAUCGCGCCCUUCACAACACAAGUGACCGAUAUCGAUACACCCCCCGACGAGACGUUGCGGUUAACCUUCCUCGCGUCCGGGCAAAGAUACAGACUUACCCUCCCAGCACCCACAUCUCGCUCCACAACACUAGUCCCCCUCUCGCCGUCGCCAGCGCACGAGUUCACGAGUGUUUAUUUAACAGCUUAUUCACAUUUAUCGAUAUACUCUUCUGCGAACCUGCAAUCAUGGAUGUCGCACCUCCCCUCCGCGCUUCCCCUCUCCGCGCUCAGUAUUCCGGGUACACACAACUCCCCGACAUACCGUAAAGCGCUACCCUCCGUCCGCUGCCAAAGCGUCAGCGUGAAAACACAACUAGAAAAUGGGAUUAGAUUUCUAGACAUACGGGUGCAGCCCGAGAACGCAUAUGAUGCCAGUAAAGAGGGGUUGGUGUUGGUACAUAGUGCCUUUCCCGUUGCGUUGACCGGGACAAAGUAUUUUCGCCAACUAGUCGAUACAGUCCUCUCCUUUUUGGAAGAGAACCCAACCGAGACGGUGAUUAUGUCGGUCAAAAGAGAGGGCAUUGGACGGGCUACAGACCAGCACUUAUCACUCAUACUAAAAGAGCACUACGCGCACGAUACCACAAGAUGGUUUACAGAGAACCGUAUCCCAACACUAGGAGAGGCGCGAAGCAAGAUUAUAUUAUUGAGACGGUUUGCAACAGAUGACAGUCUCAAAGCAGAGAACGACGGCAGAGGAUGGGCAGUAGAUGCAGAAAGCUGGCCUGACAACACCGCCGACGGCCUCUGCAGCUCGGGCGAAAUCCGCGUUCAGGAUUUCUAUGAGGUCGCAGUGCAUACCAACAUCACGAAGAAAAUCGGAUUUUGCGAAGACCAUUUAGGUCGAGCGGGACGAGUCAUCUAUCCCCAGCAUCCCCAGUCACAGGCAGAGAACGAGAAUGGAACGGGCCGUGAGAAGGGGAAAGAGGUUCCUGAUCCUAUAUUUAUGAAUUUCCUCAGUGCGUCUAAUUUCUGGCGUGCAAAUUGCUGGCCUGAAAGGGUGGCGGAGAAGGUUAAUCCUUCGAUUUUGGAGUUUUUAUGUAGAAGACAUAAUGAGGCUGCGAUUCAUGCCGAGGGGGAGAAGAGGGAGGUGGGGGAUGGGAGUACGGGGGUUGUGGUGUGUGAUUGGGUUGGUCUUAAUGGGGACUGGGAUUUGGUAAGGUGUGUUGUUGGGAUGAAUGCUAGACUUGAGAUAAGAUGA